CGGAACAAACGCCAAACGUGUCGAGCUCGAGCCGCGCUCCGCCGGCUCGCGGGUGGAGGCGUCCAGGCUCUCCGCUACGCUCCUCAGCGCUCGUCGCCCGGCCACAAGCGGACAAGCUCACACGCUCCGCGCAUCCUCGGUCACGCCGCCGUCGAGAAUGCCGGCUCCGGGGCCCCGCCUGCCGCUCCCCCUCCUCCUCCUCGCGGCUGCAUGCAGCUGCGGCCUCGCUGGUGCCGGGGGAGGCGGCUCCUGCGAGCUCUCCGUCGCGCGCGGCGGCGAUCUCUACAGCUUCGCCCUCGCGGCGCCGACGCCGGCGCACCGCCACGGCGUCCUCAGCGAGGAUGGGUUUUACAAGGUGGCUGUGAAUGAUUCCAUACUCUGGUUCCAGCUGUGCGAUGAAAUGCUAUUCAACUUUGACCCUCCUAUAUGUCUUAAUUGUGAGGACUGUGGCGGUCCAUUGAGGUGCGGAACCCAGUGUAGUGCACUUGUGUCAAAUAAUAUUGGAGGGUAUGAUGUUUGCACAACCAUUGGGAGUUUAUCUAAAUCCCAUUUAUCUCUAAUUGACGAGAGUAAUCCUCAAAAGGGUGUUGUUGUUAAGAUGUUCUCAUCAAAGUGUUCUAUUUCUGUUUCUGUCCUUUGCGAUUCAAUUGUAGCCCAAGUGCCAGACAAAUUCUUCAUAUCUGGUGAUUGUGAUUAUGCUACAACAUUUAAGCACCCUUCUGGUUGUGCAAGAUCUGUUUCUGCUUCUGGAAGUGGCUGGGGAUGGUUAGGCACUUUGUUCAUAACAAUACUGUCCCUUCUUGGAGGUUACAUUUUGAUUGGAGCAGUUUAUAGAUAUUAUUUCCUUGGCAUUCAUUCUGUAGAGGCCAUCCCAAACCUGGAAUUUUGGAUUGGUUUGCCGCAACGAAUUAAGACCAUGUUUGUUCCUGCAACAAGAAGCCGCGUAAGUUAUAGCAGAGAUGCUCUAGGUGCAUAUACCUCAGGAAACCAUUGAAAAGGUGGCAUCCUAGAAAGUUUAUGGGCAGCAAUACAGUUAACACUCAUUUAUGUACUCAACGGCAGGAGAAAUCUUUGAUCUUGCCAAGACACCAGGUAUGCAAGUGGGACUUAUAUUGUGAAAUGGAUGAAGUAUUUGUGUGCCAUGCAACAACAGUUCGGCUGAAAUGUUAUCACUUUGAGCAUGUACUAUCAUCAACCAUCAAAUGUGCCUCGAGGUUGAUUUACACUUUCAAAAUCGCCCCUGUCAUCCCUUUGUUUCAUCAUGGUUUUGCAUGUCUUGUUAUGAAUUUUUCUUAGUUUGCUGCUUGGGAACCUUUUGCACGAAGAUGACCUUACAAUCUGCAUCAUACAAUCUCUCUGUCCAAAGGAACUUGUAGGGCUAUGAUAUGCAACUGUAAGUUUGUGAUAGUUUUCAGCAACUGGAUGCUUGUGCUCUGGACAUGGGCAACAGAUAGGAUAAGAUUGAGACCAAUUGUGGGUUGUUACUUUGUUCUCGGAAGCCACAAGUCUUUUGGCAUUGGCCUCAACUUUCUGUGGAUUAAUAUUCUGAUAGCUAGAAAUACCUUCAUGGAAGGUAGAUGAAUCACUCUUGUGAAAACGUGGUGAAAGUAAUGUGAUGCGAUUUUAUCGGGAGCAGACAAAUGAAUUAUUAUGUGGAAGGAUGAUAA